AUGUCUUCCAGAAGUGCAUUGUCGCAGCACAGAUCAAGGCAGCAUGGCAGAUCUACACAAUACGAUGAAGUAUAUGUGGAUUCCUCUUUUCUAGAAGAUACAGCAAGUCCACCUCAAAGUUCACAAAAUGCUGAACUGCUACUGAGUGUGGAUCGCUUGCCGCCACCACCGCCUCUCCCACUGCAACCACCUCUCGGCCCUGAAUUUUACCCAAGUGAUAGUGAAGAACCCUCUGAUCUCAAACCAGUAAGACGGUUCAUUCCAGACUCCUGGAAGAACUUCUUCAAAGGGAGAAGAGAAAAUCCAGAAUUGGAUAAGCCAGUGUCAGAUAUAAAAUACACUUCGGGUGGAGCUGAGUGUUCUCCACCAGCAUCUCCAGUACAGCAAAAUCACAAGUCAGCUGCUAGUUCCUAUAAAGACCCAUAUGGAGGGUCAGGUGGAAGCUAUAAUUCACGCAAACAAGCUGAAGCCAUGCUUACCCAAGAUCCUUAUGACUCCCUAGAACGACAUACUCAAAUGGCUCUAACUUACAGUGAGAAGGUGGAAGCUUAUAAUUUGAGAUACUCCUACAUGAAAUCAUGGGCAGGUUUACUCAGAAUUCUGUGUGUUGUAGAGCUGCUUUUAGGUGCAGCUGUCUUUGCUUGUGUCACAGCCUAUAUACACAAAGAUAAUGAAUGGUACAACAUGUUUGGAUACUCACAGCCAUAUGGUUUUACAGCAAACAGUAUAUAUGGAGGCUAUUAUUAUAGUGGCCCCAAAACCCCUUUUAUACUUGUAGUAGCAGGCUUGGCUUGGGUAGUGACUAUAGCACUUCUAGUGCUUGGCAUGUCAAUGUACUAUCGAACUAUUCUUCUGGACUCAAAUUGGUGGCCUUUAACUGAAUUUGGAAUUAAUGUUGCAUUAUUCAUUUUGUAUAUGGCUGCUGCGAUAGUCUAUGUGAAUGAUGCUAACCGAGGUGGACUCUGCUAUUACCAAUUAUUUAAAACACCAAUGAAUGCAUCAUUUUGCCGCAUAGAAGGGGGACAGACAGCAGCAAUGAUCUUUUUGUUUGUCACAGUGAUUGUCUAUCUUAUUAGUACAGUAGUUAGCCUAAAGCUAUGGAGACAUGAAGGAGCAAGGAGGCAUAGAGAAUUAAUGGAACAAGAGAUGAAAACACAAUCUUUUCCACCAAAAAGGAUGUAUGAAAGUAAAGACAGACCAAGAGAAGAAGUCAAUUACAGGCCAUUUAAAUUGGUGGAAAUGAAACCUGAACUACUUAAUGGCCACAUACCAUCAGGGCACAUUCCUAAGCCUAUAGUGAUGCCAGACUACUUAGCAAAAUACCCAGCAAUUCAGACAGACGAUGAGCGAGAUCGCUAUAAAGCUGUGUUUAACGAUCAGUUUGCUGAAUAUAAAGAGCUCUCUGCUGAAGUUCAGGUGGUCUUAAAAAAAUUUGAUGAUUUGGAUGCAUUGAUGAGCAAGCUGUCUCUUCAUCCCGGAAACACACUGGAACAUGACAGAAUUUCAAAAGUUCUGCAAGAAUAUAAAAAGAAGAAGAAUGAUCCUACAUUUCUGGAGAAAAAGGAACGUUGUGAAUACCUAAAGAACAAACUUUCUCACAUAAAACAAAGAAUUCAGGACUACGAUAAAGUUAUGAAUUGGAACAUACAGACAUAG